AUGUACCCUAUAAUUUGCGCACAUGACACGCGAAGUGUGGACGAAGGCGGCAACGCUGUGACUGACCAUUUAAAGGAUCUAGUGGAUGAAGCAAAGGUUAUUGAUCUACGAGAUGCAGUAAAAGAAAAGUUCGUCGCGAACGGUGUGGCGUUGAUUCCGCGGGCUUCGUUGGCUGAUAUUAAUGAGAAAGAGACACUCGUCGUGCAAGUGUCGACGCGACAUCGCAGAGAAAAACCACACGGUUUGGUUGGAACGUCGUUGACGUACGCGGACGGAAUCAAUCCAUCGAGUAUUCAUUUCAAUGGUGAUCGUAUAUUGACGAGAAUGGCCGACUGGAUAAGAGGGGAAAACCGAUUCUUGCACUUAAAUUUCCCUGCAGCUUCUGGCGAGACAUCACUUUUUCAUCACAAGAAUCUUGGUUUAAAUGCUCGGUAUGUUUCUGCAAUGAGUCCAUGGGAAAUACUUCGACUGCAUGGUCUGGACUUGGUACACGAGCGUCGUGAUUACGAAAAUGUGAUUUUCAUGAUUGACGAUGCACAAUUUCAGUAUGACGAUGCGGUGUUUUGGGCUGCUCUUGUAAAGGACGUUCCUAUGAUGGUUGGCCCUGGUGUGCGAUUUAUUAUCUCGAUAACCCACGUGAUUUCUAUACAAGAGUAA